AUGAAAUACAAAUUAUUAGUUCUAUUCUUAUCACUUAUAAAUAGUUUGUUUAGGUCAUAAGCAACUGAUAGAACUUGCGAUCUUACAUAAAUUUAUCUAAAAGAUAAACUCUUUUGCGAUAAAUGCAUAGAUAAUUGUUUGAUAUGUGAUAGCAAUUAAGAAUGCCAAAAAUGCAAAGAUGGAUUUUAUUUGGACAUGAACUUUUAGUGCUAAAAAACAUGCCAAAUAAGACAAUUUCAAAGUUAAGAGAAUUCUAUUUGCUAAAUUUGCCCAAUACCUAAUUGUUUGUAAUGCUCAAAUAUGUAUACAUGUGAUUAAUGUAUAAAUAGUUUUUCUUUAAGCGAUGAUAAAACUUAAUGCAUAGGAUGCAAAAAAGAAGAUUAAAUGAUUAUUAAUGGUUAAAAUAGGUGUUCUCUUUAAUGCUAUGCAUUUUUAAAUACUGUUUAAUAUGAAAAUUGCUCAAAAUAUAAUGAAUUUUAAGAUUUAAACAUUUAAUUUUCUGUAUUCCAGACUUAACCAUUAGAAACCUUAUUACAAAUAAAUAAGUAUACCACAGCAAUCACAAACGAAGAUAUUGUAAUAGGAAUAACUAAAACUCAAGUUCAUCUAUUCCAUACAUACCCAAAUCUUUAGCUUUAUAAAAUAUUUAGUUUAUAAAAUCCAAUUAUAGAUUAAGUAAUUGUAAAUGAUUAGCUUAUCAUUCUAUUUAAAAAAGGAUAAUUUACUUACUUAAUAGGAGUUAUUGAUUUUUAUGAAUAAAGCAUAAAAUUUCCUCUAACUUAUUUGAUUACCUCUUUUUAAAUUCCUUUUUUAACAUAAAAAUAUGAGAUUUAAUGA